CUUUUUAUGAUUGGUUUUCACUCUUUGGCAUGUUUAAACGGUUCUCCAACAAAAACACCUUGAAAACCAUCUUUCGCUUUUGGUCGUUUGACAAAAAUCAUUCAAAACGGCAUAAACUUGGCUAGCCGUGGUUUUCACUCAAAUGACGUGGUUUUUAAAGUCUCUUACUUGAUUUCUUAGCCAAAUACAUCAAAUAAGUGUUUUAAACACUUGGUUUUUUAUUUUGGAGAACUUUGAAUUUUUCGGUCGGGUUUCGCAUCGGUUGGCUAGGCCGUGGUUAAGGCAAAAACCAUGGGUUCUUGACUAACCACCCACCCAGCGAUGGGAAGAUCUUCCCAUCGAUGGGUAAGCGGCCCCUCAGCCAAACCAGUUUCCAGAACCAUGCCAAACAGCGAUGGGGAGUUCUACCCAUCGCUGUUAAAGCCUUGGUGCAAUAUUAACACAAGGCAGAACGACCUUGCCCAGCGAUGGGAAACCUAUCCCAUCGAUGGGAACCCAGCGAUGUUGUGGUUGGUCAUCAAGAAUGGCGAGGAAACUCCAAUGAAGAAGGUCGAUGAAAAACUCGUCCCAAAGACCGAGGACGAAUUUGAUGCCGAAGACAUCAAAAAAGUGGAGAACUACGCCAAGGCAAUCAACAUGUUGUACUGCGCGGUCAACCCAGAUGAUUAUCGCAAGAUCUCUUGCUGCACCACUGCCAAAGAAAUGUGGGACAAGCUGGAGGUCACAUAUGAAGGUACGGACCAAGUUCGGGAAGCCAAAAUUGACUUCCUAACGCAGGAGUACGAGAUGUUCAGGAUGAAGGAAGGCGAAAAGAUCGAUGACAUGUUCGAUCGGUUCUCGAAAAUCAUCAACGACCUUCACGCUCUCAAGAAGACGUACACCAACAAGUUUCUCGUGAGGAAAAUCCUGCGGAGCCUCACACCCAAAUGGAGAUCAAAGGCUGACGCAAUCUACGAAUCCAUCGGAGUCUCCAAUGUCACCAUCGACGGGCUAAGAGGUAACCUCAAAACUUAUGAAUCCACUAUUCUAACCCCGUCUUUGGAUGAACAAAAGAAGAAGGGAAUAGCACUGAAAGCAACCAAGGAGACCGUGGAAGAUGACUUAAGCGAUGAUGACAACGAGUUCGGACUCGUCAUCAAGAAGUUCCACAAAUUCAUGAAGAAAGAAUUUGAAUGGAAAGGAAGAAAGCACGACGGGCCCCUAAGUGCUAUGAUUGUGGUGAGAUAGGCCACAUCAAGCCAAGGUGUCCAAAAAGCAAAGGCGGCAAGGAUAAACCUGGCUUCAAAAAGCAACACGCCUACAUCUCUUGGGGAGGCGACUCCGGGGAUGAGUCAACGGAUCAAGAAGAGGAGGAAGUCACCAACCUCUGUCUCAUGGCACACGAAGAUCAAACUGACGACGUUCAAGAGGUAUGUACCAUUUCUUCCGACUUAUUCUUUUGAAGAAAUGCAAGAAGCACUUCAUGAGCUUUAUGACGAAUUUGUUAGCGUUUCUAAAACCAAUAAAUCAUUAAAGAAACGCCUUUCAACCCU